AGCUGGGUUUUAUGAUGGACGCAGUUCGCGGUCGCCUCCUCGAAGCCAUCAUGGAAGUAGGGAGAAAUCCCUGGCAAAGUCAAUUAAGAAGGAAGCUGUACGUGAAGACAGGUCUUCGUUGAUGUCGACUGUGAAGCGUGAGGCGGAUGAGGAUGAAGUUGAUAGAAAAGUCGCUGCUUUCCUUAAGAGCCUUAAAAGCUCCACGGACGCCGUGAACCCGGAACGCCGACCCUCCGACAGCCGUUCAGUUUCGCGACUUUCGACGAGAGACCAGUCCGUGCAGGUGAUCGGGCAAGAUCGGAUAGAAAAGAUGCUUACCAAGCUCAACUUUAUAGUGCAAACUACCACGCUUCCGGGCAGCGCAGUUGAGACGCCCGAGGAUGUGAAGGCGUGCCUGCGCUACAUGUUCAGCGUGGGUUCCCUGCUCUACCAAGCCCUGAGUGCGCGAGCCGAGAAGUCAUCCGAGCCUGCGCAGCGUGAACGCAACUUACGGUUGAAAGAGAACAUCUCCAAGGCACAAGGCUGUGUCAAAAACACCUACGAAGAAGACUGGCGGAAACGCAACGCCGGUCCUUGCCUUGGUGAUCUCAUUGACGUUUGGGUGAGGGCCUGCAGCGGCAGCAACAGCAGGCCUGUCAAGACUGAGCACAAGGAACGAGCUGCCAGGUGAAACUUCACGUCAUCCUAGUAUGCUUAUUUUUCUGAGCACAAGGAACGAUCUGCCAAGUGAAACUUAACGUCAUCCUAGUAUGCUUAUUUUUGUACGCGGUACUGGGGAAUCAUUGCUGUAUGCUAGUUAUUUAAAAACACUUUAUUCUUUAUAAUCCCCUUCAGGGUAUAAAAUGUACGGGAUAUCCUUACUUAUGCGCAAAGGUCUUCGGAAGAAAGAAAAUCAACUGUUUUGCGCGAACUCUGGUGAUAAAAAGUCAGAUUAUUAUCUCUUCCAAAUGACUCUCUAGCAGGUAUAUAUUUUUUUUACUGAUGCACGGAAUUAUAUGGCAGAAAAGAAAUGAACACUAUAUCUUAUUGCAUCUCUGGCGCCUAGCGUUGCUGAUUUUCUCACGCCACGUUGAUAUUCUUCUCACGCUACGUUGAUAUUCUUCUCACGCUACGUUGCCAUUCUUCUCACGCGACCAUGGAAGUCGGAAAACCUGACGCAGUGAUCAAAAAUCACGCUUUAUCCAGAAAUGUGCAGAUAUUUUUCUACGAUUCAGCGUAAAUAUUUACCCUGCAGUAAACUGUGGAUUGAAGUUUUUAAUGAUAAGACAAAUGACGUUAUAGAUAGUAUAAAUAAAUCCUUACCAGACGGCUGAAAGUUCAUGGGAGAACAAAAUAAAUGGUUUAUUUCACGCGACAAAAUAGUUUUCAGAUCUUUUGUUUAUAAGCUUGUGACAUUAGUUUCCGAGAAAGGUAACCUAACUGAGAUAUGAUCACGAAUCAGUAUUCAUUAGUAUGGCGUUGGAAUCUUUGUCACUAUAGUUUUAAGUUAGUGAAUAAAUAAUCUUAUAAAU